AUGGAAUACUGCCAGAAAACCCCAAGGAGGAAAAACGGACAAAAUGAGAAGCCGCCAAUUAUACGGUCAUCGCCGGACAACUAUACAAGCGCGGAUUCUCGCAACCCCUUCUCAAAUGCGUCAAGCCCGGAGACACGGAAUACAUACUCCACGAAGUCCAUGAAGGCUGCUGCGGCCACCACAUCGGGGAUCAUAACCCGGUUCGGAAUCUCCGAGAUCGUCAUCUCAGACAACGGAACCCAAUUCACUGAUAAGAAAUUCAGAGAAUUCCUAGAAGGGCUACAUGUAUCCCACCGUUUCAGUUCGGUAGAACACCCCCAAACAAAUGGGCAGGUGGAAGCCGCAAACAAAAUAAUCGUCAAAGGGCUCAAAAAGUGGCUCGACGAGGCCAAGGGACUACGGGCCAACGAACUCGGAUCAGUCUUAUGGUCAUAUCGAACAACCCCUCAGACAACCACCGGGAAAACCCCUUUCCGUUUGACAUACAGCGUGGAGGCCGUCAUCCCAGUGGAGAUUGGAAACCCAAGCCCAAGGAGAACGGUUGGGGGUAACGACGAAGAUGCAGAACGAGACCUCAUCGACGAAGAAAGAAGCAUAGCCCAUGUCAGAGAGCUAGCCCUAAAACAAAGAAUCAGCCUAAGGUACAACCACGGCGUCAUCCGACGGGAAUUCGAACCCAACGACCUCGUCCUACGACGAAACGACAUUGGAACCCCGACCCCAGGGGAAGGGAAACUCACCCCCAACUGGGAAGGACUAUACAGAAUCAAAGCCACAAUCGGAAAGGGAGCAUACAAGCUUGAACGACUUAACGGCGACGAAAUCCCCAGGACAUGGAACGCCACCAACUUGCGACUUUACUACACUUAG